AAGCUGCCGGAGUUUCUCAUACACGCUACCAAGCUUCAAGACAAGUUUGCGGUGACUGGACGCAGCUAUAUAGACCAGCAACCCUCACUCAACUUCUUCUGCUUUUUAUACAACAUCAAAAAAACUCAAUUCUCUUAUUCAAUUCAAACUGUCAUAGCUAUCCACCACCAUGGUAAAGCUUACUACUACUCUACUUCCACUUAUACCCUUGGUGGCUGCAUGGCCUACCGUCAUGGAAAUGGACAUGCAUCUGAAACGAGCAGCCUCUGGAGGCCGACUGAACACGGGUACUGCUCACCCAAACCCUUCUUUUGAUGCUGCGGCGCAGUAUGUCGAUGUUACUCCUGGCAGCGGCCAUGAGUUUCAGUCUCCUGGUCCCAACGACCGCCGCGGACAAUGCCCCGGCUUGAAUGCUGCUGCCAACCACGGCUUCUUGCCUCGCAGUGGACUUCCAUCCAUCACUGAGACCGCAACCGGCCUGGAGAAAGCCUACAACAUGAACCCUGUGCUGGGUGCUGCCUUGGCUGCAGUUGCCGUCCUCCUCUCCGGAGAUAUCCCAUCGCUCAGAUGGUCUAUUGGUGGAGGAUUCCCUUCUACGCUGCCAUUGGUUCUGUCCAACCCAAAAGGUCUUUAUGGAUCACACAACAAGUACGAAGGUGACGCCUCGAUUGUUCGUGGCGAUGCCCACUUGAACAACGGCAACGUCGACAUUUUCCAGAAUACCCGGUGGAAGAACCUCAUUGACAUCGCUGGCGACGACGGCUUGACGCUUGCGAAAACCACUAUUCUGUCCCAAAUCAACACCAACUACUCCAUCAGCAACAACCCGUACUACUUCUCCGGCCCCUUCUCUGGCAUCGUUGCGCCUGCUGCGCACAACUUUGUCAUCAACUUCAUGUCGAACCACUCUGCUGAGAACCCAGGAGGCUUCUUGACCAAGGACGUUGUGAAGAGCUUCUUUGCUGUGACUGGAGACGACAACAACUUUGUGCAUCACCCCGGCCAGGAACGCAUCCCCGAGAACUGGUACCGCCGCCCUGGAGGUUUGGACCAGUACAACCUCGCUGACGUCUUCAUCGAUGUGCUUGCUGGCAAUGUUGAACAGCCUGGCACGUUCCGCAUUGGUGGAAACACUGGAACUACCAACUCGUUUACUGGUGUCAAUCUCGCUGACCUCACUGGCGGUGUCUUUGACGCAACUACCCUCCUCCAAGGAAACAACCUUGCUUGCUUUGCCUUCCAAGCUGCUAUGGCCGGUGGAAUUGAUGAGCUGGAUGGUCUUCUCUCUCUUCUUGGUGGUUUGCUUGACCCCGUGCUGGAUCCUAUCAAGGCUGCUGUUGCUGGACUGGCUUGCCCCCAGCUGCCCGAGUUCCACAGUCAGCUCUUUACGUUGUUCCCGGGUUACAAAGGAAAAUAG